CUUCCCAGAGUUAUUUUACCAGCAGGCGUGUAGCGCGCCCUAGUUUCCUACGGGGCUCUUUAUCUACACAUGCGCAUAAGAGAGUCUUCCUUUUGGGGCCUUACAUCCCUUGGACCAGAAAAGGGCGCUGUCACAUUUACGUAUUAGCAUCAGUAGCCUUCCUAUCAUACUUCCCGUGGUGCCUCGCGCGGGGCUCUCUAGCAGCAGCUUCUCGCUGGUGCUGGAGGCGGUAGAGCGGCAAUCAAGACAGCACUCCCCAUCCCCAACCCGUCGCCUUCCGUGCCUCUUCAUCUACCCCGCUCCCCGCUAUCGCCAUGUCGUGCAACUAUGUGGUGACGGCACAGAAGCCCACGGCCGUCAACAGCUGUGUCACCGGACAUUUCACCUCCGCGGAGGACCUCAACUUGCUCAUUGCCAAGAAUACCCGUCUGGAGAUCUAUGUGGUCACUGCGGAAGGGCUGAGGCCCGUCAAGGAGGUGGGCAUGUAUGGCAAAAUCGCGGUCAUGGAACUCUUCCGGCCCAAGGGUGAGAGCAAGGAUUUGCUGUUUAUUCUGACAGCAAAAUAUAAUGCCUGCAUCCUUGAGUACAAACAAAGUGGAGAGAGUAUUGACAUCAUCACCCGAGCACAUGGCAAUGUUCAGGAUCGUAUUGGUCGUCCCUCAGAGACAGGUAUAAUUGGCAUAAUUGACCCAGAGUGCAGGAUGAUUGGACUGCGACUCUAUGAUGGCCUCUUCAAGGUGAUUCCUCUGGAACGGGAAAAUAAGGAAUUAAAGGCAUUUAACAUCCGAUUAGAGGAGCUGCAGGUCAUCGAUGUCAAGUUCCUGUAUGGGUGCCAGCCCCCAACCAUCUGUUUUGUUUACCAGGAUCCACAGGGCCGGCAUGUCAAGACGUAUGAAGUGUCUUUACGCGAGAAAGAGUUUAACAAGGGACCCUGGAAACAGGAGAAUGUGGAGGCUGAAGCUUCCAUGGUAAUUGCAGUGCCUGAGCCAUUUGGAGGGGCUAUCAUCAUUGGACAAGAAUCUAUCACCUACCACAAUGGUGAUAAAUAUUUGGCAAUAGCCCCACCCAUCAUCAAGCAAAGUACAAUUGUAUGUCAUAACCGUGUGGAUCCAAAUGGGUCCCGUUACCUUCUUGGGGACAUGGAGGGUCGCCUCUUCAUGCUGUUAUUGGAGAAGGAGGAGCAGAUGGAUGGUGGUGUCAGUCUCAAGGACCUGCGUGUGGAGCUUCUUGGAGAGACAUCCAUUGCUGAAUGCCUGACUUACCUAGACAAUGGUGUUGUGUUUGUUGGCUCUCGGCUUGGGGACUCCCAACUUGUAAAGCUCAACGUAGACAGUAAUGAGCAAGGCUCAUACGUUGUCGCCAUGGAAACCUUCACCAACCUCGGCCCCAUUGUGGACAUGUGUGUGGUAGAUCUUGAGAGACAGGGCCAAGGACAGCUGGUUACAUGCUCUGGUGCUUUUAAGGAGGGCUCUCUGAGGAUCAUCCGGAAUGGGAUUGGGAUUCACGAACAUGCCAGCAUUGAUCUGCCAGGGAUUAAAGGAUUGUGGCCUCUGAGGUCAGACUCGCACCGUGAAACUGAUAACACCUUAGUGCUGUCUUUUGUGGGCCAAACCAGAGUUUUGAUGUUGAAUGGAGAGGAAGUAGAGGAAACUGAAUUGACAGGAUUUGUGGACGAUCAGCAAACUUUUUUCUGUGGCAAUGUGGCCCAUCAGCAGCUAAUCCAGAUCACAUCUGCCUCAGUACGGCUUGUCACUCAGGAGCCCAAGGCCCUUGCAAGUGAAUGGAAAGAGCCCAAUGGGAAGAACAUCAGUGUGGCUUCCUGUAACAGCAGUCAAGUGGUGGUGGCUGUGGGGAGAGUUCUGUACUAUCUAGAGAUCCAUCCCCAGGAACUCAAGCAGAUAAGCUGCACAGAGAUGGAGCAUGAGGUGGCCUGCCUGGACAUCACUCCCCUGGGAGACACCAGUGGCAUGUCCCCUCUGUGUGCUAUUGGCCUUUGGACUGACAUAUCGGCCCGCAUUCUUAAGUUGCCCUCGUUUGACCUCUUACACAAGGAGAUGUUGGGAGGAGAGAUUAUCCCACGUUCGAUUCUGAUGACUACCUUUGAGAGUAGCCAUUACCUGCUUUGUGCCCUGGGGGAUGGGGCUCUCUUCUACUUUGGGCUGAACAUUGAGACAGGUUUGCUGAGUGAUCGUAAGAAAGUGACACUCGGUACCCAGCCCACUGUUUUAAGGACUUUCCGUUCCCUCUCCACCACCAAUGUGUUUGCCUGCUCUGACCGCCCAACAGUGAUUUACAGCAGCAACCACAAACUGGUCUUCUCCAAUGUCAAUCUUAAGGAGGUGAACUACAUGUGCCCUCUCAACUCAGAUGGGUACCCUGAUAGCCUAGCUUUAGCCAACAACAGCACUUUGACUAUUGGCACCAUUGAUGAAAUUCAGAAGCUGCACAUCCGCACCGUUCCCCUUUAUGAGUCACCCAGGAAGAUCUGUUAUCAGGAAGUAUCUCAAUGUUUUGGCGUACUCUCCAGUCGCAUUGAGGUUCAGGAUGCCAGUGGAGGCACCACUGCACUGAGACCCAGUGCAAGCACCCAGGCCCUCUCCAGCAGUGUGAGUUCCAGCAAGUUGUUCUCUAGCAGCACAGCCCCACAUGAGACUUCAUUUGGUGAAGAAGUAGAGGUGCACAACCUACUCAUUAUAGAUCAGCACACAUUUGAAGUUCUUCAUGCGCACCAAUUUCUGCAGAAUGAAUAUGCACUAAGCCUGGUCUCCUGCAAAUUGGGCAAAGACCCCAACACAUAUUUUAUUGUAGGCACAGCCAUGGUGUAUCCUGAUGAGGCUGAACCCAAGCAGGGUCGUAUUGUGGUGUUCCACUAUUCUGAUGGUAAAUUGCAGAGUCUGGCUGAGAAAGAAGUGAAAGGGGCUGUCUAUUCUAUGGUGGAGUUCAAUGGAAAACUCUUAGCCAGCAUAAACAGCACGGUGCGGCUAUAUGAGUGGACAGCAGAGAAGGAGCUUCGCACAGAGUGCAAUCAUUACAACAACAUCAUGGCGCUGUAUGUAAAGACGAAGGGUGACUUCAUCUUAGUUGGAGAUCUAAUGCGCUCUGUCCUUUUGCUUGCCUAUAAGCCUAUGGAAGGGAACUUUGAAGAGAUUGCUCGUGAUUUUAAUCCAAAUUGGAUGAGUGCUGUGGAGAUUUUGGAUGAUGACAACUUCCUAGGGGCAGAGAACGCUUUUAACUUGUUUGUAUGCCAGAAGGACAGUGCUGCCACAACUGAUGAGGAACGCCAGCAUUUGCAGGAGUUUGGGCUGUUCCAUCUGGGGGAGUUUGUCAAUGUCUUCUGUCACGGGUCUCUCGUCAUGCAGAAUCUGGGUGAAACAUCCACACCGACACAGGGCUCGGUGCUUUUUGGCACAGUCAAUGGAAUGAUUGGGCUGGUGACUUCACUGUCAGAAAGCUGGUAUAACUUCCUGCUGGAUGUGCAGAACAGACUUAACAAAGUCAUUAAGAGUGUAGGAAAGAUUGAACAUUCCUUCUGGAGAUCGUUUCAUACAGAACGCAAAACAGAACCAGCUACUGGGUUUAUUGAUGGAGACUUAAUCGAAAGCUUUCUGGACAUCAGCCGACCCAAGAUGCAAGAAGUGGUGGCUAACCUACAGAUUGAUGAUGGCAGUGGAAUGAAGAGAGAGGCCACAGUGGAUGACCUAAUCAAGAUUGUGGAAGAGCUCACCCGUAUCCACUAGUUGGAUGAGGAAAUAUUUCCUAGCUCCUUCCUUCAUGCUAGCAUUUGGAGUGUUUCCCACCUGCAGCUGGGAUCCCCUAGCCAGUUGCACUGUAACACUAGAGGCAGUAGCAAUGCUCCUGGGUGAAAGUGGGGAAUCUCUCUGAACGGAAGCCAUCUUGCUAGGGACUUGCAGAUGAAAUAUUGGCUGUUGAUGACAUAAAGUCCUGCUUGGACUCACCAGUCCUGUGGCUCUCAUCUGCCAACCCAGUACUGGUUUCAGCCAUUUCCCAUUGAGUAACCGCUAGCGGUUGGCAAAGGUGUGCCCCCUACCUAGACUUUUCCCACAGCUCAUUCACUGUUGUCUUUUAGUAUACUUUUUGGAUUUGUUUUGAGUUGUUCCUUGUGUUUUGAAGUGGGAAUCUUUUUCCUCUUCAUCUGUUUGGAUGAGGUGUGGCUAGAUGACUGUGUCUGGUGUUGGGGAGAUGUGAGUUGUGCCUACUCUGGCUUUAUGGAGGUGCCAGUCCGAGUAGGGAACCCAAGUGGGUAGAAGACCUCUCUAUCACUAGCCUUGCUGCUCAUUCAGGGAGGAGGGGCUGGAAAACAAAAAUAUUCUGUUGUUAGUUUUGGAAUUUUACCAAAUAAAAGUAGUCCAAGAGGAAAAGUUUGGCUGCUGUUGUCAAAAUCUUCCCCUGCUCUGCUAUCCCUUUUGGGUCAGAAAAAGAUCCUUUUAUUUCAUACCCUUGUAACACACCUGUUACUCCAUCUAUGUUAAAGUGGAUGUUCUUGUUUAGUUUUCGCUUUAGUGUUUAACUUCCUCAAAACCUCUGCUUGCAAAAGAAGUGUGAAGAGGCUGACAAUAUAAUAGCAGAAGGCACGGAUCAGGGAUUAACUGCUUUUUUCUUUGUUGCUGGACAGUGAUCUCAAUAUGGGAUUCUCUUCCUUUCCAGUCAGGAGGAGGUAGACUUCAUGAAAUUGAGGGUGGCUCUGAGUUGGAUGAGGAAACGCACCCCUUUCCUCUUAAGAUCCACUAAUCACUUUCCCUCUCCAAAUUUCACCAGCUUUGGUCUAUUGUUUGUCAUAUGCUAGGAUAUUUUUUUCCUUCACCAUAUUAGGAUUCAAAGGAGCUUUUAGGACUAGAUGUCAGUGGUGGAUCAUCUGCCUUGCACGCAGAAGGCCCCAAGUGAAGUCCCUGACAUCUCCAGAUAAGGCUGGGAGACGCUCCUGCCUAAAACCCCAGAGAGAUGCUGCAAGUCAGUGUAGACAGUACAGAACUAGAUGGACCAAUGGUCUGACUCAGUCUAAGGCAGCUUCCUACAGUAGGCCCCACUUUUCAGUGUUCUGCUAAUAUGGCGGCUUUCAAAUAGAGUAAGGCCCCACUCAUACAGUGCUUGUUCUGCUUUUACAGCAUUUUUUGGGCAUCAGGCACUAUUUUAUUGACGGAGUUCUGCUUUUCAGCGGGUUUUGCUUUUCGGCGGAGGUCUGAAACAUAACCCGCUGUAUGAGUGGGGCCCUACUGUAUGUUCCUCCUUUGACUCCUUCCAAGACCCUACUAAAACUGAGCUCAUGGUCUGAGGGGAGGAUGCUGUUCAAGCUACUUAAUACAUUGCACAGAAGUGCAUGGAGGGCCUAAGAAGCCCUCCUGAAAUUUUUAUAUGGAAAGGUGGGGUGAUUUUUUUUAAACUCCUGUAUUCAAUUUAACAAGGGUAUGAAAAACAAAGACACAACAAAAUACAACACAAAACUAGCAGCUGUAUUUAACAGUCGGGUUUUGGUGGGAUGAGAAGAUUACAGAAAUUUCUAGCAUACAUAAGUUGAGGGUAACAUUUUUAUUCCUAUACAAUAAGUAAAGUUCUCUUUGUGAAUUAGGGUCUAUGAAUUUGAUCAGACCAAAAGUGCAGUUGGAUAUCUGGAGGAUGCCUAGCAUACCCUUCUCGAUUAAGAAAUGCCAAAAAAGGCUAGUAUGCACUGGCAAAUUUAUCUAAUUUUAUCAAGCCCCUGCAAACUGUACUCUGUUAAUUUUUCUUGUUGUUGUUAUGUUCCUUUAAGUCCACUAUGACUUAUGGCGACCCUAUGAAUCAGUGACCUCCAAGAGCACCACCCUGUUCAGAUCUUGUAAGUUCAGGUCUGUGGCUUCCUUUAUGAAAUCACUCUUGUUUGGUCUUCCUCUUUUUCUACUCCCUUCUGUUUUUCCAGCACUAUUGUCUUUUCUAGUGAAUCAUGUCUUCUCAUUAUGUGUCCAAAGUAUGAUAACCUCAGUAUCAUCAUUUUAGCUUCUAAUGAUAGUUCUGGUUUAAUUUGUUCUCAUACCCAAUUAUUUGUCUUUUUCUGAGUCCAUGGUAUGCACAAAGCUCUCCUCCAACACCACAUUUCAAAUGAGUUGAUUUUUCUCUUAUCCGCUUUUUUCACUGUCCAACUUUCACAUCCAUACAUAGAGAUCAGGAAUACCAUGGUCUGAAUCAUCCUGACUUCAGUGUUCAGUGAUACAUCUUUGCAUUUGAGGACCUUUUCUAGUUCUCUCAUAGCUGCCCUCCCCAGUCCUAGCCUUCUUCUGAUUUCUUGACUAUUGUCUCCCUUUUGGCUAAUGACUGUGCCAAGGUAUUGAUAAUCCUUGACAAGUUCAGUGUCCUCAUUGUCAACUUUAAAAUUACAUAAAUCUUUGUUGUCAUUACUUUAGUCUUCUUGACGUUCAGCUGUAGUCCGGUUUUUAUGCUUUUCUCUUUAACUUUCAUCAGCAUUUGUUUCAAAUCAUUACUGGUUUCUGCUAGUAGUGUGGUAUCGUCUACAUAUCUUAAAUUAUUGAUAUUUCUCCCUCCAAUUUUCACACCUCCUUCAUCUUGGUCCAAUCUUGCUUUCCGUAUGAUAUGUUCUGUGUACAGAUUAAAUAAAUAGGGUGAUAAAGUACACCCCUGUCUCACACCCUUUCUGAUGGAAAACCAAUCAGUUUCUCCAUAUUCUGUCCUUACAGUAGCCUCUUGUCCAGAAUAUAGGUUGCGCAUCAGGACAAUCAGAUGCUGUGGCACCUCCAUUUCUUUUAAAGCAUUCCAUAGUUUUUCAUGAUCUACACCAGCCUUUCCCAACCAGUGUGCCUCCAGAUGUUGUUGGACCACAAUUCCCAUCUUUCCUGAUCAUUGGCAAUGCUGGCUGAGGCUGAUGGGAGUUGUGGUCCAACCACAUCUGGAGGCACACCGGUUGGGAAAGGCUAAUCUACACAGUCAAAGGCUUUGCUGUAAUCUAUAAAGCACAGGGUGAUUUCCUUCUGAAAUUCCUUGGUCCGUUCCAUUAUCCAAUGUAUGUUUGCGAUAUGAUCUCUGGUGCCUCUUCCCUUUCUAAAUCCAGCUUGGACGUCUGGCAUUUCUUGCUCCAUAUUUUUCUAGCAAUGCCAAAUUCCAAACUUUGCUCCAACAGCCCUCAAGUGUAAAAGAAGAGCUGUGUUUCCUGUGAUAAGCUGUCUCUAAUUUGGCAGCUGCUAAAAGGAACAGGAUUAGGGUUUUGUGGUGGGACACCUGUGUUGACCCUCAUAAAAUACAGAAAAAAUAAUUUUAAUAAAAUGUAAACCACCAUGCUAAGAGGCAGAUGCACAGGAGCUGGUGCCAUUGCCAUCCAACUAGCUGUCAGGUUCUUGCUGCCAUCCAACGUGCUCAGUUUCAGCUGUGUUGUCUGCCACUCUCAUGAAGACUUAUCACCACCUCAUUAACAGCUUCCCCCAGCUUUUGAAAAGCUUAAAUGCAGAUGGGGAAAACCUGAUGUCUAGUAGGCUUUCAACUCUGUCAAACUAUCCCAAGCACUUGUUUAUGACAUACUGUGGGUGGAGGCAGUGGCUCCCAUUUGCUUCUCAGGGUCUUCCUCUGUUUGUUGUGACCAAGCCGUACACAGAAUAAAACAAUUUGCAGUUUGCUGUAAUAUCCAGCAGAGGGCAGAACAUUUCCUAGAUGUCUCAAGGCUUUUAAGCCAACAGUUCUCCGCACCUGCAAUAGCAUGAAGCCAUGUCCUGUACAAAUUCUUUUUGUUGAUUGUGGCCUCUGGCUUCUCAUCUCUUCUAAAGAGAUGCCAAGACACUGUUGCUGACAGUCUGGCAGACAUUUAGGGCCUUUUUUUGUUGUUGCAUUGUACAAUGCUGUUACUAAGAUGCGGUGCUAAGGCUACUAGUGCCAUAGGCAGCAAGCUUCCCGUAAAACAUUGUAUCCUUCAAAAGGUUUUCCCUUGGAGCAGGGUGUCUUGGAAACAUAUAUUUUAUAAGAGAUGUAGACUAUGUAACCUUACACAGAUCUGUAAACCUUCCUAUGUAGCUAGUAGCCAAGUUGAUUUUAUAGUAAGAGCUCUCAUAGAGCCUGGCUGCAUUCCCAGAAGGAAUUAUUAAGAGAUCUGAAACUUCAAACUACAGCAUUCUAUUCCCAGCAGUUCUCUUGGUUUUGCCUUGAAUAAACUAGCAGCAUCUGAUAGCUUUUAACUAAUAUGGUUGCAUCUGCUAAUUACUGUUUGUGAGAAUUUAUGUUCAUAUGUACAAGAAUGCUCACAAGUGGAUAAGUGGGCUCCUGCUGGGAGGAAGGGCAAGAUAUUAAACAAAUAAAUAAGUAUGUCAGCGUUCUCAGAUGAGUAGCAUGGGUAGGAAUACCUCUUGAUUUUCCUUACAAUGCUUUCCAUAAUUUUUCAUGCUUUCAUUGACUUGUGAAAUAGUAGAGUUAUGAAAUGUUGAAAAAAUGCUUCUAGUGGAAUGGGGCCGUAAUACUACCACCAACCCAACAUCUAGAACUCUUCCUCUUAUAGAGGGUGGUGGAGCCCCCCCCCCAUCAAGUCAAUACACAUUAAGAUGGCUAAUAUCUCAUAUAAAUGUAGUAGGCACAAUGUUAAAUAUAUAGACAAAUACUACACAAUAUACAGAAAUACAUGUAUAAUAUAUAUGUUUUAGCACAACAAACCAAGUGUAAUCAACAUCUAUAGUGCAUAGUUUUGCAGGGGGGGGGAUGAGAAAAUCCUAUAGUUAGGUAUGUGUCAGAUGCCUGGGAUGUGGCUUUUUUAGGGAGGGCCAUAGCUCAGUGGAUACAGAACAUACUUUACAUGGAAAAGAUCCCAGGUUCAGGUCCUGGCAUCUCCAGCUAGGGUUGGGAAAGACACUUUGGAAAGCUGUUGCUAGUCUGUAAACAGUACAGAGCUAGAUGGAACAAUGGUCUGACCCAGUACGAGGCAGCUUCUUGCAUUCCUAAAAGCAAAGAUCUAAUA